GCUCCUGCCCAGCGCUGCGGCUCGCUGGCGUCAGCAGAGCCGCGGCCGGACGAGAAGGCGGAAGAUGGCGGCGGCGUCGCAGAGUCCGUGAGGAGUGCGGCUGCGGCGAGGACAGCCAAUGACGGCGGGGAGGCACCCUCGGGGACCCGCAGUCCGCUAGGGCGCGACGGUGUGCGGCAUGUCGGAGCAUGCGACGCCCGCAGCUCCGGGGCCCGGGCCCAACGGCGGCGGCGGCCCGGCCCCCGCGCGCGGGCCUCGCACCCCCAACCUGAACCCCAACCCCCUCAUCAACGUGCGCGACCGGCUCUUCCACGCGCUUUUCUUCAAGAUGGCUGUCACCUACUCAAGGCUUUUCCCGCCCGCCUUCCGCCGUCUCUUCGAGUUCUUCGUGUUGCUCAAGGCACUGUUCGUGCUCUUUGUCCUGGCCUACAUCCACAUCGUCUUCUCUCGCUCACCCAUCAACUGCCUGGAGCAUGUGCGGGACAAGUGGCCACGUGAAGGUAUCCUACGUGUGGAGGUGCAGCACAACUCGAGCCGUGCGCCCGUCUUCCUGCAGUUCUGUGACGGCAAUGGCCGUGGCAGCUUCCCUGGCCUGGCCAUGGAGCCAGGCAAUGGCCUGGAGCUAGAAGAUGAAGAGGAGGAGCUGACCAUGGAGAUGUUUGGGAACAGCUCCAUUAAGUUUGAGCUGGACAUCGAGCCCAAAGUGUUCAACCCACCGGGCAGCACUGAGGCCCUGAACGACAGCCAGGAGUUCCCCUUUCCCGAGACGCCCACCAAAGUGUGGCCGCAGGAUGAGUACAUUGUGGAAUACUCGCUAGAAUAUGGUUUCCUGCGGCUGUCACAGGCCACAAGACAACGCCUGAGCAUCCCAGUCAUGGUGGUCACCCUGGACCCCACACGGGACCAGUGCUUUGGGGACCGCUUCAGCCGCCUGCUUCUGGAUGAGUUCCUAGGCUACGACGACAUCCUCAUGUCCAGUGUGAAGGGCCUGGCUGAGAAUGAGGAGAAUAAGGGCUUCCUGCGGAACGUGGUAUCCGGUGAGCACUACCGCUUUGUCAGCAUGUGGAUGGCUCGCACAUCCUACUUGGCAGCCUUUGUCAUCAUGGUCAUCUUUACUCUGAGUGUGUCCAUGCUGCUGCGCUAUUCCCACCACCAGAUCUUUGUCUUCAUUGGUGAGUGUCCCACUGGCUAUGGGGACGGGGUGGGCACUACCCAGGCCCUCACCGGGCGCCCGCGCCCUGUGUCCGCAGUGGACCUGCUGCAGAUGCUGGAGAUGAACAUGGCCAUCGCCUUCCCUGCAGCACCCCUGCUGACCGUCAUCCUGGCCCUCGUCGGGAUGGAGGCCAUCAUGUCUGAGUUCUUCAAUGACACCACCACAGCCUUCUACAUCAUCCUCAUUGUGUGGCUGGCUGACCAGUACGAUGCUAUCUGCUGCCACACCAACACCAGCAAGAGGCACUGGCUGCGGUUCUUCUACCUGUAUCACUUCGCUUUCUAUGCCUACCACUAUCGCUUCAAUGGGCAGUACAGCAGCCUGGCUCUGGUCACUUCCUGGCUCUUCAUCCAGCAUUCUAUGAUCUACUUCUUCCACCACUAUGAGUUGCCGGCCAUCCUGCAGCAGAUUCGUAUCCAGGAGAUGCUGCUGCAGACCCCACCCCUGGGCCCCGGGACUCCCACAGCACUGCCUGAUGACCUCAACAACAAUUUGGGCACCCCAGCCACUGCUCCUGACUCUACUGGCCAGCCCCCUGCCCUGGGCCCUGGCUCUCAGGAUGCUGGCAGGAGUCCUGGGCCUGUGGCCACAGCAUCCAGCUCCCUGGUGGCAGCAGCAGCUUCAGUGGCUGCUGCAACUGGUGGUGACCUGGGCUGGAUGGCAGAGACAGCUGCCAUCAUCACAGACGCUUCCUUCCUGUCCGGCCUGAGCGCCUCCCUCCUGGAGCAGCAGCCAGCCAGCCCCCUGGGCUCUAGUGGGGGCCUCCCCCACAUCCCCCAGGACAGUGUCCCAUACAGUGACUCCUUGGCACCUGACACAGCACCCCCAGUGGCUACAGUGAGUAGGCCCAGCCCUGUGUCCAUGGCCCCAGUGGACACAACCUCAGAGGUUGGGUCCUGAGCUACCACUGGCAGCUGAGCCGCCUCUGUCCCUGGCUGUCCUCAGCUGGCUGGGUGUGACCUGGCCAGGGCUCUCCCUCUUCCUUUGGGACUGCCCAGCCUGUUUUGGUUGGUUUCAGGGUUUUAUCAGGUUUGCCUGGGAGGUGGGGUCUGGCCCGGGGCUUGUCCCUGUCAGUGAGCUGUGUUUGUGGUGACCAGUGAGGAGAGAGGGUGAGAACGUCACAGAAGGUUCUAGAAGGGCCCUAAUGAACAGUCUGGAGCAAACAGUCGUGAGGGCAGAGCCAGGUACCAAUAGUGCAGGUCUGUGAGUGAGGUAGAGGAGGGUGAGGCAGGAUGGGCUGGGCAACAUGACCUCUUGCUGUCCCAGCCUUUGGACUUGGCUGGCAUUCUGGCUCUGCCUGGUGCUUUUGUGCAGUGCCUUUUCCAUGCCAGUCUCCCCCACCCCUGCCACAACGUGCACACCAGGCCUGGGCUUGGGGUCCCUGGGAAAGCAGAGCUUGUGCCUCGGGCACAGGGACAUAGGGUGCAGGCACCAACAUCAGUGGCAAGGACCGGAGUCAGGGUCAGCCCUGCUCAGGGUGGGAGUGGGCCAGGUGGCCAAACCAAUCAAUCGGUAAAGACUGCAAAGGCGAGCUCAUUCCAUUCUAUUUAAUUGAAGUGUACAGAAUUGUGUUUGUAUAUAGAAUAAACUGUCGACAGUG